CUUCCAUUAUCGAAAACAUUAAGAAAAAGUUUCAAGCAAUCAGACAAAUGUAUAAGGAUGAAGUUGGGCAGAAGAGAAAGAACAUUCUCCCAAUUUUUGGAAUCAGUAGGAAGAAGAAAAAGCAGCAACAAAGCAAAAAGCUUGACAAAAAGUUUAAUAUUUCAAGUAUUAUUCAGAAAGCUAGAAAUAAAAUGACUAAAAAUUAUUAUAAAUUCUCAAAACUCCAUCAAGGAAAACCAUCUUGAAGCAGUCACAGAAAGACUCCAAGAAAGCAGGACUAUGGAUUAGUAAAGAUUAGACAGAGAAACAUUAGUUCUGAAAUCAGGAUAUCACGAGAGGGAUCAAUAGCUUCAGGUAUUCAUGACGAAAUAGAAGAUCCAUAUUGGAAAAAUGAUACAAUUGCAUCUAUAAAUUCAUCAAUCAGGAGAGAAAAUCUAAUACGAGAUGAAUGCAACAAGUCUCCUACAUCAUCUAAUUUUGGGAUGAGGAAUUUAAAAUCUCCCUUUAUGAUUCCCUUAAGUCUGAAAUUUGAUUCUCCAAGCAAAUUGAAAGCUGUACCUAAAUCUGUCAAAAAUGCUUCUAUAAACAAAAGAUCUUCUUCUAUCAGUUUUAACACCAAAGGACUUUGAACAAUGGAAAAGGAUUUACCAAGGGAUUACAAGGUGUUUGAUGUCAACAUGACUAUCAGCCCUCUUUAUUCAAAAAUAGAGCAGAAGCCAAACCUUACUGAAAGAAAACCCAGGAAAGAAAGUGUUUUCGAAGAAGCAAAAGUCUUUGACAGAUUCGGAUAUAAAUAAAGAGAAAAAUAAAGAUCUAAUUCCUUCGAGACUCUUAGGAGACGAGGACUUUGCUAAGGCUGAGAGAAUUACGAAAGCAAGAACUGAUUUCUCCCCAAUACUAAAAAUUGAUUGUCCAAAUAAUUUAACUCUUUCAGAUAGUCAAUGGGAAGCAUUUUCUGCACCUAAAAUUAAAACUACCAAAGCCAAGAAAACAAUAGAGAACAGUGCUAAGAUUCCGUUUAAACUAAGUCCUAAAAUCCCAAAGCCAGAUAUCAAUAAAACCCACAAACAAUCAUUCAGAUUCCUUCUUCAAGAGGUGAUGAAUGAGGAAUCUAAAAGACAAGGGAUAAAGAAUUUCGUGUCGAAUUUUUAGCUCCUGCUACAUUUUACGGAAUCUCUGAACUCAGGAGU